AUGGCUUCUUUCAGCUUCUCCACUCUUCCCACCACCUUCUCUGGUUCGCCUUCAUUUUCCAAAGCAUCGUCCCAUCGCUUCAAAGUCUCAUGCAACGCCGCCUCAGGUGACACCAACCACCCUGAAACCACCCCAAAACUCAUAACAUCACUUGACAUGACUCACAAUGUCGACCGGAGAAACUUGCUUUUGGGCCUCGGCGGUCUCUACGGCGCUGCUAACUUCACCUCUCUCCCGUCGGCCUUCGCCACUCCCAUCGCUGCUCCCGACAAUAUUGCAGAUUGCGUGACGGCGAGUUCAAACCUACAGAACCCCACAGACGUUGUAAGGGGUUUAGCUUGUUGCCCACCAGCACUCUCUAGUAAACCAGAAAUUUACACCUUGCCGGUGAACCCCGUGACCCGUAUUCGACCCGCAGCACAGCGAGCCACACCCGAGUACAUCGAGAAGUAUAAAGCAGCAAUUCAGGAAAUGAGGAAACUCCCAGAUGACCAUCCACACAGUUUUAAGCAACAAGCUAUGAUCCAUUGUGCUUACUGCAAUGGCGGUUACAAUCAAGAACAAAGUGGUCACCCGGAACUACAACUCCAGAUCCACAACUCCUGGCUCUUCUUUCCAUUCCACCGCUGGUACCUCUAUUUCUACGAGAGAAUCUUGGGAAAGCUGAUUAACGAUCCGACCUUCGCUAUACCGUACUGGAACUGGGACCACCCCACCGGCAUGAUGCUUCCUGCAAUGUUCGAAGACGCUGACCCAGAUACUACACCCAAACAAAACCCUAUAUUUGAUCCUUACAGGGAUGUCACACACCUCCCACCAGCUAUCCUUGAUGCCGAAUAUGCUGGUGCAAACACUGGCGCUGAUUGUGUAAACCAGAUAAGCAGUAAUCUGGCUUCAAUGUAUAGGCAGAUGAUAACUAACGCCACUGAUACAACAAGCUUCUUUGGUGGCGAGUUUGUGAGUGGGGAUAAUCCCCUUCAAGCGGACACACUUAUAGCGGGGUCCAUAGAGAGUGGGAUUCACACGGCGAUGCACCGAUGGGUGGGUAACCCUAGGAUGGCGAACAACGAGGACAUGGGAAACUUCUACUCGGCUGGGUAUGACCCUGUCUUUUACGUCCACCAUGCCAACAUCGACCGGAUGUGGAAAAUCUGGAAAGAUUUAGGCAUCCCAGGACACGUAGAACCCACCUCCGACGACUGGAAUAAUGCAUCAUACGUGUUCUACGAUGAGAACGAAAGGCUUGUACGUGUCUUCAACAAAGACUCUAUAGACAUCGGCCGAAUGGGAUACGACUACGAAAGGUCCUCAGUCCCCUGGCUCCAGAGUCGACCGGUUGCACAUGCCAAGAGGUCCAAGGCUGCAGCUCAGUCGGUCGGAACAGUGAAGAAGGUGGAAGACGUGGAAUUUCCGGUGAAGCUAGACCAGGUAGUUAAGGUUCUCGUGAAGAGGCCUGCAACCAACAGGACAAAGGAAGACAAGGAGAAAGCGCAUGAGAUUUUGUUGCUGAACGGAAUCAAAUUCGACGGUGAGAAGUUUGUGAAGUUCGACGUGUUUGUGAAUGACGUCGACGAUGGGAUCGAGACCACUGCGGCUGAGAGCGAGUUUGCAGGUAGUUUCGCACAGUUGCCGCAUGGCGGCCAUUCCGAGAAGAUGUUGAUGACGAGUGGGGCGAGGUUCGGGAUCACAGAGCUGUUGGAGGACAUUGAAGCCGAAGAUGAUGAGUAUGUUUUGGUGAAUUUGGUUCCGAAGAUCGGGUGCGAUGACGCCACUGUUUCUGAGAUCAAGAUUGAGCUGGUUCCCAUCGUUCAAACUUAAGAUUUGAACUGAUUGCAUGCAUGCAUGCAUGCAUCUGUUUUUGAUGUUGGUGCAUGUGGUUGAUGAGGAUUUUGGCAAUUCUCUUGACCAAA